GACCGACCGACCGACCGAACUUUCCUACGUCCAUUCCAUAUCCCCCCAACACACCACAAAAACACACGCACAAAAUGUCCUCCCUAGCAGACUACCUCGCGAAGAACUACCUCACAGCAGACCCCUCCACCGAACGUCCCAAAAAGAAACGCAAGAAGAAUACCAAAUCCGACACUACGCCUUCCGGCCUGAUCAUUGCCGACGACGAUCCGCCCGAUUUGCGCUCCCAUGGAGCCACCAUCCACGACGAUGAAGAUAGGCCGUCGAUUGUCACGGGCCCAGGGGCUCGGAGUGGCGAGUUCCGACGCAAGAAGACAUCCGGGUGGAAGACUAUUGGGGGUGGUGGUGGUGGGGCGGAGCAGGAUGCGGCGGAUAAGAUUCUUGCGGAUGCGGUUGCGGAGAGGGAGGCGGGGAGGGGAGGGUUAGGGGAGGAUGGGGAUGAGGAUGCGCCGGUUGUGGAGGGGGAGGAGGUGGAUGAUGGGGAAGGGGUGAGAAUGGAGUCUGGGGCGUUGGCGGGGUUGCAGACGGCGGCGCAGACGGCGGCGAUGGUGGCGGCGCAGGAGAGGAAGAAGAAGUUGGAGGCGGCCAAGUAUAGGGAGUCAGCGCUAGGGGAGAAGGCGCAGGAGACGAUUUAUCGUGAUGCCAGUGGACGGAUUAUUAAUGUGGCGUUGAAGAGAGCGGAGGCGAGGCGGGCGGAGGAGGAGAAGAAGGCAAAGGAGGAGGAGGCGAAGGAGGCGUUGAUGGGAGAUGUGCAGAGACGGGAGAGGGAGGAGAGGAGACAGCAGUUGGAGGAGGCUAGGGUGAUGCCGUUGGCGAGGACGGCGGAUGAUGAUGAGCUCAAUGAUGAGUUGAAGGGGAAGAUGAGGUGGAAUGAUCCGGCAGCGCAGUUCUUGACGAGUGUCAGGGAUGGGGGCACGAGUCGGACGGGCAAGCCUUUAUAUAAGGGUGGGUUUGCGCCGAAUCGAUAUGGCAUUCGACCGGGGCAUCGGUGGGAUGGAGUCGAUCGGGGGAAUGGCUUCGAGAAGGAGUGGUUUGCGGCGAGGAAUAGAAAGGGACGAUUGGAAGCGCUGGAUUACCAGUGGCAGAUGGAUGAGUGAGAUUCUCUUAUAUAUGGGUUUGCAUGGAUCUGGUGCUGGCGCUGGAUGGGAUUAAAAUAAUAUUCAUUGCUGCAUGGUUUAAGCACUUCUUAAGACAUAAGAGGUACGCCAGAGGAUUGCUAC